UUAUUUGAACCGCUCCAAGGCGACGGUCGGUCGAUUGGCACCGAGCCUUGCUUCAGGCUGGUGGUCAGUACAAAACUGACUCGAGUGUCACCCUGACGUUAUUAUUAGCGCGAUUGUUAUUUAAGAAAUGUCUGACUCGGAGGAAGAACUCUUUGAAAAACGAUUGAAAUUCGUUCUCGUAGGGGAUACCGGAGCUGGAAAAACCAGUAUAGCGACGCGAUACUGCAAUGGCGAAUUUACUAGACACUAUACGCCGACAGCCGGUGUUGACUUCUUUUUAAAGAACAUCAGUCUAGGAGACUACAAAAGUAUCACCCUUCACAUUUGGGAUGUUGGCGGAUUAUCGUUACAUGGAAAUAUGCUGGACAAGUACAUUUUUGGCGCACACGUAAUUCUGUUUGUCUAUGACGUGACAAACGCUUCGAGUUUCGAAAUUCUUGGAGAAUGGAUUGAAACGGUAAGAAAAGUGAACGAGGUACUCGAAGCACAACCAGUUUUGGCAAUAAUAGGAAAUAAGUGUGAUAUGGAACAUCAGAGGAGUGUUAAAAGAGACAAGUCCCACAUGUUCGCAGCUGAAAGCGGGAUACCGUGUCACGACGUUUCAGCUAGAACCGGCGAAUCGAUAACAAUGCGCGUCGCAAGUUUGGCUGCCGAAGUAUUAGGUAUUUGCGUCACAAAAGCUGAUCGAGGAUUUUACAAACCUAUAGUGCAGUCCGUGACCGAUGAUACCUUGACCUCAAAACAAAUACCGUCGACGGCUUUAAAAAAAUGCGCAAAGAAACACGCGAAAAAACUUCAUAAGACUGAGUCUAAUUCUGAGCUUCCACCUUCGAAAUCGAGUAUUUGUUCCUUGCAGUAGUUGAAUUACGUACACAGAAGGAAAGGAGUUUAUUUGAAUGCAUAGUAUUGAAUGUUAAUCACAUAAGUUACGAUAUUAAUAAUAACAAAAACGAUGUAAUGUAGCAACGGGUGCCUUAAAGUGACAGUUGAUUUUGAAGAAAUCGAAGUCAAGAAUUUCGGAAGGGUCCAACGCAACAAUUCGCGAAGACGCUUUAUCGAAUAAGUUGAAAAGAUAUUUAUAUCGAUAUUAUAUUAGUUACAAUAUUUACAUUAUCAUACAUUAUAAUGAUAAGAUGGAACAGAUACUUAAAAAUUAUAUUUCUCAGUCUAAUUCUCAAGUCAUGGUUGCUUAACAUUAGCUAUGCUUUUGCAUAACAUGGAACGACGACCUACCAGCCUACGGAAACAAAAAAAAAAAAAAAACCAUUGUGAAAUGACUUAUAGAACUGACAAUGAGAUUUCUUAAGCAAAAUUUACUAUAAAUCAUUCAGUAA